AUGAAUAAUAUUUUAGCGAGGUCUGCAAUUAGGAGGUAUGCUACAUCGUCGAGUAAAUUACCUCCAUAUGCGUUGAAACCAGCAUUCGGAGCGCCCAAUAAGGAGGCAGCAAGGAUGUUCAAAGAGUCAAUAAGUGCAACUGAGUCGCAUGCCAAAGGUACUUCUAAUUUAUGGAUGAAGAUAUCGUAUUGGGUGGCAGGACCUGCAAUACUCCUAGCAGCAAUAAAUACAUAUUUUGUAGAGAAGGAGCAUUUGGAACAUAGGAAACAUCUAGAGCACGUGCCCGACAAGGAUUGGCCUAAAGACUAUGAAUUCAUGAAUAUUAGAAGUAAACCAUUCUUUUGGGGAGAUGGUGACAAGACAUUGUUCUGGAACCCUGUCGUUAAUAGGCAUAUCAACCAUGAUGACGAUUGA